CAUUAGACACAGACCAGGUUCCCGUGCAGGCCCAGCAGUGCUCAUGUUCCAUGCUGCUCUUUAUCGGACACUCCCCCAUCUUGGCUCAAACACCCUGCAGCAGCAGUCCUGCCACAGGCUGUCGAGACCGGACAACUCCGCUGCCAAGGUGGAGAGGUUAUCUGUGAGAGAAAAUCAGAGGAGAGUCCCAGUAACAAGAUACCCUACAAACCCUCAUCAACAUGGGGGCUGUCAUCUCACGGUGGAGGGCUAAGCCAUCCACUGUGGAUAUAUUGGAGGGUAUCGAUAAGGAUAUACAGACUCUUGAAGAUUACAGUGAGAAGUAUCAGAGGCAGCUGAAGAUCUGGGUUGGACGACUGCUUCUGUACUCGACUCUUCUCUUCCUGAUCACAUGUGUAGUUGUGUAUUGCUGGUACCUACCUGAACAGUUGAUGGGACGGCUCAUAUUGUCUCUUCCCUUCCUAAUAUUUCCGUUAUUAGUUUGGUUGCUGCGAAAAAUGCUGAUAAUUAUUUUUUCACGAAGAACUGAAAAAAAUAAUGAAAAAUUAGAUGAUCUCAAAGCACAAAAAAGGAAAAUACUUGAAGAAGUUAUGGAAACUGAGACGUAUAAAAAUGCUAAAAUGAUUCUGGAGAGAUUUGAUCCUGAUUCCAAGAGAAAAAUUGAGCUUGAAUCCACUCCAGUUGGACCUCAGAUGACUCCAAAACCAGGACAAGAGCUCCGCCAGCGUAAUGUCAUCCCAAAGACCCCCUCAGUGUUGAAUCCUGCAAGCGGAGCUGCUGCCCGCCCUCCUCAGCCGCCUGCCUCUGGGCCCACCUAUCCUGGACGAACUUCCCACUCUGCUCCAGGUGGACCCCCAGAGAGGAGCCUGUCUGCUAUAGCUGCUCAGCAGAGCUUGAUGAGGAGGCCUGUGACCCCUGGAACACCUGUUCCAGGAGUCGGGAUGCACCCCCCAGGCCCGCCCCUGGCCAGACCUGUGGUCCCGAGGGACAGAGGCGCUCUGGACAGAGUCAUUGAGUAUCUUGUUGGGGACGGCCCUCAGAACCGAUACGCUCUCAUCUGUCAGCAGUGUCUGUCCCAUAACGGCAUGGCAUUAAAAGAGGAAUUUGAAUACGUUGCUUUCCGAUGUGCGUAUUGUUUUUUCCUGAACCCUGCGAGAAAGACCAGGCCCCAGGCUCCCAGACUCCCCGAGGCCAGCGAAGAACUGAAUAUGUCAUCCCAGGCGGCCGUAGCUUCGCCUGCUGCUGAAGGAGAUGACGACCAAUCUGUUUUAGGGCAAACCAAGCUGGCUGAUGUCUCUGCUGAAACAGACACACAAGAGCCAAGCACUCCAACAACCACAGAGCCCAGCUCUGCGUCAGACGGCCACAGCACCCCAGAGUCACAAGAUCUGCCCUCUGAGAAAUCUGACGGAGAGCACGAUGUGUCCGCCAUGGAAGUGGAAUAAAACAGUGGAGCAGUGAUUUAAAAUCGAGUCGUAACCGUUAACUUGAAAGUAAAUGCCGCGAGUUGAAAUAACACAAUAACAACAAGUCAGCCGUUAAUGUGGUUUUCAAUUUGCAGUACAAAAUGUCCUUUCUUUUGAGAAUUGAUUUUAUAUUUCUAGCAAUAGUAAUGAAUUCAAUAUUAAAUGACAUAACGCUAGCACUAUGUAGCAAACUGCAAAACAACCCACCUUUCCUGUAUGAUUAUUUGUCUAUCUUAUUCAGAAUAAUAAGGAUUAUGCUGCAAUAUUUUCAUGUUUUUGAUGUAUAGGAAAAGUCUUUUCCCAUGUUGUCUUUAUUUUCUGUAUUUUAUUUGUUUUCGACAGGAUUUGUAACAGUAUUCUAUCCGGGUUAAUUGAAAACUGCUGAAACAAAAGAAAUAUUUUGAGGGGAUUUUAUUUAUGGGAAAUUAUUUAUAGAUAUUUUUCUAAAAUGCUGUGCCUUACAUGACAGUGUUGACUGGGGUACUCUGCAGCACGGUGGUGCUAACAACAUGUUUACACAACCAUGGUACCAUAAUAGGAAUGCACAUACAGUAUAUAUUUAUUGCUGUGGAGAAAAGGAGAUUUGUCAGUACUGUGCACCUGCCCUAAGUGCCUUUUUAUAUUUUAAGUCUGCUUCAGAGUGUUGUCGAUAAAACCUAUUUACAUAUAGACAAUGACGUCCUUUAACUGUUUACAGACUCUAUCUGUUUAUCUGAAUUCCUCUUCUGUAUAAAGAAUAAUAAAUAAACUUUUGAAAACAA